UGUUGCUAAAAAUAUCAUGACAGGUUGCCUCCCAGGGGAAACAUGCCCAUAUUGAGCCAUUUUUGGCGUUUCCUUUUCGUUAUCACAACAUAGAAUGCGAACGGUCCAUCUGAUCGCAAAAACUCCCCCACUAUCAGCAUGAUCAUGGUAAAAAAGACUAAAAAAAAUGACGCUCGAAUUGUGAAAAGUUAUGGUCGUGCUGAAAGGGGGGAGGACCGCAAAAAAAUAGUAGCUCCAAUGAGAGAAAAAAAAAAAAACCCCCCACAAAACCUCUCCUUAAAAAAAUAUGAAAAGGAAAAACCCUUCCAAAAAAAGCAGCUCCGACUAAAGAAGAGGGUAUUCCCUCUUGAAAUACCUCGGUUGUAUCUAUCUGUAAUGAUAGACGGCCCCCAAGAGGUAAAUGUUAGCCAUGGCAUCAAUUUCCAUGCUUUCUUGGGGGCUGGAUUCCCGGCAAGUAAUUAUCUUGCCAAUUAUGCCUCGUCGAAUGCUGGUCCAGAUCAUCAGGCUUUCAGCAUUCUCACAAUUCAAAUCAGGCAUCUCUGGUUUCAUCUACCUGAAAAGGUAGACAGUCUUUCAAGAGGCAAGUACUUACCAUGGCAUGGCUCUUGGAAGGCCUGGGGGAUUGUUUUAUGUCCAAAGAAUUGCUCCUAUUGGGUCUUUUUCUUUUGAUAUGAAUCUCUUCCGACUCUUGCCUGCUUCACCUUUUUAUGAAGCAGUUUGUUUCAGGUUUCAUCUAUCGAAGACACCGGUUCAAAGUGGCCAGAAAGAGCAAAACUGUCUUCUGGUGAUAAAUAUCUUCGAUUCAUACGUUUCCCUUUCAUUGCUAGGUGGCUCUGCACAAGAUUCUUUGUCAUCUCUGCUACUCACUAGCUAAUCUCAUUAAUUCUUAUGAGUACCUGUAGGGCGAGGGGUAUGCAUGGAAAUUGCUGUACAAUCAGUUGGAGAGAGAAAUCCGAUUUCUCUUUUCCCUCUUGAUCUGCCUUUCUUUCCGUACGACGU